UGAACGUGUCAAUAUGAACACAACUAUACAUGUAAGUUUAUGUCAAAAUUAACAUAAUUAUACACUGAAAUAAGUGAGACAGCUGUUAGGGAUUUUCACGGAUUGUUUCCCUCUGGUGAAAGGACAAACCUGUUUGAUUUAGAAUCCGAGUUCUUAUCGCAGAAAAUAAUGACCACUGCAUGCAUAUUGUUUAUUGAUUGCCAUUCAAGUCGUAUUUUGUGUGGAAAAUGUUGCAGAGAUCUUCACUCCUAUGUGAAUGUCUUAUGCUAACCGCUCCGAUAACUAUUGAGAGACAGUAAGUGUAAUUUAUUGGUUUGAUAUAUCAGCAAAACUUUUGAAUCUGGUCGCAAACACUGGAACGCUAAUAGGAAAUUUUUUUUUCACUGGAGAUGCAGCAUGCAUAUAACUUUCAUUUGGGCGAUGGGACGUCUCUACCUCGGAUGAAAGUGUUGUAAGUCAUCUGGGUUUUGGGAACAUGGAACACUGCUAUCCUUGAAGUUACCAAGGAGAUAAUGAAAGGAAUAUAAUUAAUUUUUUCUAUCGCGAAAUUUGUAUAGGCUUGGAGAGAAGAAUGCGCAUGGUAUCUUGCUGAUUAUGCCAGUGUAAUCCUCACUCUAGAAGAAAUUUGCGCAAUGGGAUUCUCUUGGUUUUGUGCUUGUUAGUGUGAUUAUAAAUGUUGAUUCUGAAAUUUAAAUCUGUUAAGAUUUUUUUAACAUAAACCUACAUUUUUAUUGAAUACGUUUCAAUGGAUAUAUGUCCAUAUGACAAUGUGGAAUUUCCGGUCCAGCGACAGGGUGGAAUCGAUUCUUGGGAGGGUGUGUCAGGUUAUUCCGGCCUCCAGCCCAAGUCCUACAACCAGACAGUAAUGAGGGACAAAGUGACAUCCUCCCUCGCCCCUGUGUUCGAGAACGAUGAUGGAUCCGCCGAAGAAAAUUCGGAAAUUCCUAAAGUUGAGGACCAAAGACAACAGAUAACUGUUACUACAGCUUCAGUUCCCGUUAACAAAAAGGAAACAGCAGUGAGUUUCAACAAAGGCGUGCAUGUAGUAAACAAUUCCAACCAGGCAAACAACCAUAAACCACAGCCCAUCGUAAAAACCACACCCAAACCACCACCGUCACCCUCCCUAAGUUCAAUGGCCAAGGACACAAAGACUGUUGUCAUCGAGCAACCAAGAUCCAUAGCAACGGCCUUCACCCGAGUUGAUUUUAACCCGAGGUCACAAGAAGUAUUGGAAACGGCAUACACACGCCACAAACAUUUCUACAAACUAAAUGAGACAAUUUUGGACCAAGUCAACGACAUGAAAGAAAAUGUUUGGGACGUGAAAGGCAGACCGGGAGAAAUGUUGACAUACGAACAAUUGAUUCAAGGUAUGUUGGAGGAGGGGGAGAUGCUCGUGCUGGGAGGGUCGUGGCUUUACUAUAAUAACAUCGACUUUCUUGACGCCGAGGGUAAAACAUCCGUGAAACCCUCCAUUGGAAAAGGGCGACUCUGUCUGACCAAUCAACGCCUGCUUAUACUUGCAGCCGAAAACGUGUUGGACGCAAAUUUAGCUGAAUACGGUGAUCCCACACGAACAGACGGUGGAUAUAAAAUUCAAGUUUCCAAAUAUAACAGUGUCUAUAUUCAGAACCUGCCACUGGCAAGUAUCCAGGGUGUGGAACUUUCGGUUAGUAUCGGAACUGCCGAGGAGAGCCGAGUAUCCAUCAGGAACCCUAUCUGUGAUGGACUGUGUGCAUGCUUUGGAAUCGGACGGUGUGCAACCACAUGGAGAACCUCAGAUCCGCUCCCUGUUUUAAUAAACAAGCGUGUCUUAACACUGGGUGUAAAAAUGCCGCCCUGGCUGACCAAGACUUUAAUUGUUAUUCACUUGAAUCAAGACAUGCCUCUGAAUAUGGCUAGAGACUUUGUUGCCAAACUCCACCACCACGCUCCUCUGUACAAUGAACGUGCACAGGGUUACACCAGUGUGUGACGUGUGUUUUAUGCCAUUGUAAUUUUUGUAUUUUGUAAAUUAAUGUAAUUAUAAAUUAAACUUAAUUUUCGGUG